AUGAAUAAAUAGCUAAUUAUCUUAUCUCUCCUCUUAAUAGCAAGUUUCACUACUGCAUAAGGUUAGCAAUAAUAAUAACAAUAACCUCCUCCUAAUUGUGUUUAAAAUGCAUCACCAUAAUAAGGAAAUUGCGUUUGUAAUCCUGGCUACUGGGGAACUAAUGCUAAUCAUGGAGGUUCUUGCACUCAAUGUACCUCAAAUACCUGGUCUGCUCCUGGUGCUACUAACACUGGUCCUAGUGUAACUGCUGUUUCUGCUUGCUCAGCUUGUGCUCCUGGCUAUUAUGUUACCGUUUAAGGUUCUUCUUCAACUUCUCCUACUUGCACUCCUUGUGGGACCAACUCUUCUCCCGCAUAACCUUAAGCAGGUUCAUCAGUUCAAAAGGUUUCUUCUUGCAAUUCAUGUAUGCCAGGUUAUUACAUGACAUAAACUGCAAAUACUGCUACAGGAAGUGAAGCUGCAGCUUAAUGUUCAGCAUGUGACAAAAGUGCAGGAGCAACUCCUUCUGCUCCUCCUCAAGCAGUAGGUGACCUUUCAUAAUGUGAUGCUUGUUAACCAGGAUAUUUCAUGACUACUGCUGCAAAUGUUAGUAGUAAGGCAGCUGCUAUAUGUUCUAAAUGUCCUUCAAACUCUGGCUCCUAAUAAUAAACUAAAGUAGGUGAUGUCUCUGUUUGUAAGUGUUUUGAUCCUUUCGCCUUACCUCUAGGAGCUGGCUAAUAAACUUGUGCUUGUAAAUCUAGCAGUGAAACUCCUAUGUAAGCUCCUGGAGGUGCAGCUGGAUGCUCAGCGCCAAGUUUUGGAUAGUUGAUUUCACUUUCUCUUGCAAUAAUUAGCUUCAUAGUUCUCAUUUGA